CCCUCUGCACUUUGAAAACUUUUUUUUUUGAAAAACACUUUGAAAACUUUGAAAGCCUCUCGCAGGCACAGCCAGCCCUCCAUUUCGUUGUCGGCAUGUCAACCCUCCCUCCCUCUUUCUUUCUCCCGUGCACUCCAUCAGCCAUACUUUCUCGCUCUAAAAAUGGGAGCCGGGCAGUGAGGACGAAGAACAGGAGCCAGGUGCCCUUCAUCCAUUAGCUAGCCGACGAGGUAAGAUUGGGAGCUCCGUAGGUUCUUGAGCUGUUCAGAAUCGCACUCCCCAAAUUUGAAGCGGUUCUUGAUUCUGGCGAUUCCUCUUCAAAAGCACCCUCUGCUCUGCAGGUGAUUCCUGAACCAGGAGUGCCACAGGAAUGGAGCAGUACGAGGUGCUAGAGCAGAUUGGGAAAGGUUCAUUCGGGUCUGCGCUCCUGGUGAGGCACAAAGCUGAGAAGAAGAGGUAUGUCUUGAAGAAGAUCCGCCUCGCCCGCCAGACCAACCGGAGCCGCCGAUCAGCACACCAGGAGAUGGAGCUCAUUGCAAAAGUAAGGAACCCUUACAUUGUGGAGUACAAAGAGGCAUGGGUAGAGAAGGGUUGCUACGUGUGUAUUGUCAUCGGUUACUGCGAGGGAGGGGACAUGUCAGAUGCCAUUAAGAAGGCUAAGAGCAACCAUUUCUCAGAAGAGAGGCUUUGUAUGUGGCUUGUGCAGCUCCUGAUGGCACUUGAUUACUUGCAUGUCAAUCAUAUCCUUCAUCGCGAUGUCAAGUGCUCAAAUAUAUUUCUCACAAAGGACCAAAACAUACGGCUUGGCGAUUUUGGUCUUGCUAAAGUAUUGACUUCUGACGAUUUAGCUUGUUCGGUUGUGGGAACUCCAAGUUACAUGUGCCCUGAACUUCUUGCUGACAUUCCAUAUGGUUCCAAGUCUGAUAUAUGGUCCCUCGGUAAGGUUCUAUACAAACAAUAUUCAGUUCUAUCUAUUCUUCUGAACAUUGAGUUUCUGUUAUCUUGGCUAAACUCCUGCAAUCUCCAUUCUCAAGGCUGCUGCAUCUAUGAGAUGGCUGCUUUAAGGCCUGCAUUUAAAGCAUUUGAUAUGCAAGCGCUGAUAAACAAAAUUAACAAGUCUGUUUUAGCUCCUCUACCAACUAUGUACUCUGGUGCAUUUAGGGGACUCGUCAAAAGCAUGUUACGCAAAAGUCCAGAUCACAGACCAAGUGCUGCAGAACUGCUUAAGCAUCCGCACCUUCAGCCCUACGUGUUCGAUCUCCAAUUGAAGUCAACUCUUCCUCGCAAUUUGUUCUCUGCUAACAAACACGACGCAAAAAAGGCAGCGCUUUCCAAUGCUGAAGACAAUUGCAAACUCAAUUACAGAAAGAGCCAUUCAUUUAAACUAGAGAGGGCAGUAAAACUUGACCAAGAGACCGAUACACAUGGUCCUCCUAGUUCUACCAGAACUGGGAAGGAUUGUCCAGAAUUGCUGAGUGAACAAAUGGAGGGAUUGUCAAUCCAAGUUACCAAGAAUGUUGUUGAUGAAGUGAUACAUGAGAAGCAUUCAAAAGCUACAAGGCCUCCUGCUCCUACUCCAAGAAGGUCAUCAUCAACACCUAGAAGACGACUAGAACCUUCAAAGACAUUUCAUGCUAGAACUACUCACAAGGAGCAGCCUCCACCGUCAAGGCCUUCACCAGACCAAACGGGUCAAGUUACACGACGAGAAUCACUACCCAUGCUUGCGGUCAAAACUCCUGAAAAGCGGCAGGCCACCAACAUUAUCACCAGAUUGAAAUCUCCUGAUGUUUCAGUAAACUCUCCUCGAAUCGACAGAAUAGCUGAAUUUCCACUGUCAUCCUUUGAAAACCCAUUACAUCGCAUCACGAAGCUGACACCACCAUCUACCAUCGACCAGUCUAUCACCAAGGACAAGUGCACUUUCCAAGUGCUCCGAAGCGACAGCGAAAACUACUCUGACUCUCCUGACAUCGACCUUCUUGGUGCUGACAAUUCACCCAGAAGCUCAUCAGAUUGGAGGCAGAAGAGGUUCGACACGAGGUCUUACCAGCAGAGAGCUGAAGCUCUGGAGGGCCUGCUUGAGUUCAGUGCACAGCUGCUGCAGCAGGAGAGAAUUGAGGAGCUUGGGAUCUUGCUGAAGCCUUUCGGACCCGGUACAGCAUCUCCAAGAGAGACAGCCAUAUGGUUGUCCAGGAGUUUGAAAGAAGUUGGAUUCUAACCAGAGGCCUGCAAGUGCAAGGCUAAACCUGCAACAACUUUGAACCUUGACAGGCUUCAGGCCACCCUGUACAGUUUCAGUUUUUUUAUGUGUGUGCUUUCACCCUGAACUGGUCCUUAUCGAGCACUACAUAUGUUCGACGACACUCUUUAAUUGACCUCUAAUAACAUAUUAGAUGAAUUUAUCAGGCAGAUGAAAAUACCUUUGAGGCUUAGAUGCCUGUGACAUUGUACCCCAAUUCCCAAAACUGUGUGGGCCAGCAAGUUGACAUCUGGAGAGGGAGAGCCAUCUCUAUGGUAUGGCGUGACA